AAGUAAAUAGGUAGGCACUGCUUUGUAGUAUAUGACAUAGAACCUUUAUUGUCUUAUUCUGUAUUAAGAAUCUAAUCACAUUACGUACAAUGUACAUACAUUGCAAGGAAAAGCUUACACUCGUUCUUUGUACUAGUCUGAAUAAUAGCUAUGGUUUCAUAUAAACUUUUAACAAUAUUAACAGUGAUAUUUGAUAUUAUAAUAUUCUGUAAUGGAGUAGCGGAAGUAUCCAAGCCCGAUGAUAAGGAACCUCACAGUAUAUCCAAGCGUGUGGUGCCUGAGCCCGAGACUAAGGGACUUCAAAUAGUAUCCGAAGGUUUCGAUACAAAGGAACGUGACUGCUGGGAUAUCUUACUAAAAGUUGGGUUUGUAUAUAAAACAGGUACGGCUCAUGGACUUUUAAAUUACUGUUUUGUGAAAGAUUUUGAUUCAUACGAGACAUUUAAAGAAUACGCGAUGGAAAAGAUUGGCAAUAAUGUGCUUGAUGAUGCUGGACACAGAGAAAUGGGUAUUUUUUAUUCAAUUUAUACGCAAAUCUCUAAAGCAGAAAUAAAAGUUAUAUUAAUGACUCCACAUUUCUUUUGUUAUAUCAAAAGACUUGCAGAAAUAAAAAAUGAAAAGGAAAAUUCUCUUUGGAGUUAUAUUUCUGCCAAGUUACCCGCAAACAUAUUUUCCCAAAGUAAGGACACACAUUUGUUUUUAGCUAAUACUUAUAUAAUAAUAUUGUAUACUUGACCAGACACCAGUAUAAGUGCUGAAUGAAAGUUCCGGACGGAUGAAGAAUUAUUUAUAUUUAUUUUUAAUCCUGUAAUAUUUUAUUUCUUCCCAUGUUUUAUUGUUAAUGUUAUUACUGGGACAUUUGGGUUUUCUUGAUUGUCCGUAGUUAAAUCUUUAGUUUGUUAAUUGUACAAUGUCUUUAUAAAGUUUAAAGAGUACCUACGAGUUAUCAUUUAAUUUUUGAAAA